GAUACAGACAACAAUUGCAUGUCUUCAAAGGAACGAUAACACAGCCAAUCGACAUAGCUCGCCUGACUUAAUUAAGGAUGUUUCCAAGUAAAUGGUGGAACAGAAUAUUCCGUUUCAACUCUGGGCGAAUGUAGACGCACAACAGGAUGCAAAACAUUCGGUAUACAACAAUCUACAACGGGUUUGCGAUGCAAAGUACCAGUAAAAACGCCUCGCGGAAUCAAGCAUGCGACAAAAGAUGUGCAGAAACGGAUCAAUAUCCAGGUGGUGGCACAGCCGACACAUAUAUAUUCUCCUUUUACACUGUUGAAAAUGUUCCUCCUAGCGAAUAUUCACAAGACAUUGACAGAAACUGCCUACUGUUCUACUAUAAUUACAGUCCUGGACAUGAUUAUUAUUGGAAGUCGUGCACUUUAAAAUUCAUCACAAAGCUAUUAUGCAGCAGCACAUCCAUUUUAGAUAACAACUCGACGGCGGAAAUACACUUUACAAGUAAUGAAUAUUAUGCCAAGGCUGUUGGAAACUGCGUCGCUUGAAGAAAAUUCCCUGCAUCGAUACAAAGUAUCAAAAAUGUGAAUUUUACAAUUCUGGACGAACAGCCCCAUUGGACGGGAAUAAUUAAAAUAGAAUCUAUAAUAUCUUUGAUGGAUAUGCUUGAUAAUAGCACCAAUCCACCCUUGACGUAUGCAUAUGUGUGGCUGAUAAAUCAGACUUUUAACGUGAGGUUUGCUAAGAAAUAUUACUUGAAAAAAAGCUUGUGCGCAGCAGAUAGCACAUCUACUGGAGCUCCGAAAACGCCACGGGAGACACAACCAACUUACUCAAAAUCAACCACGACACAUUCCAAAAGUACAACAGGUCCUGUAUCAAGCUCGACGUCAACACGGAAUGUCAUAACAACAGAUACACAUCCGACACAAGCACCGGCAUUGAAUACAUCUACAACGCCAACAUCGCAUCAGGUACCUAAAGGAACAGCAGCGUCCUUAAACAAAGACGAAGGAGGGUCAUCCGUUGGACUAGUGGUCGGUGUGGUUAUUGCUGUGACAUUACCUGUAGCUGCAGUACUUGUAGUUAUUGUCAAAAGAAGGAACAUGGCCAGGGCUUGCUUUAAUAACGCCGCAACAACAAAUACUUCAGGACAGCCAUUCACAGGAUUGUCUUCUGCUGUGGACAAUCAACAACAAGUUGAAUAUGUCAACAUAGCAAAUAAUGAAAUGCACAUACAUACUGGAAACAAUAUGGAGUCAAAUACUUACGAAAAACUUAACACAAAUAAGGGUGUUGACAACUAUCUCUCACUCCAAGAAAUAAAUGGAGUCUAGCACGACUAUCAAAACACAUGAAGGCAAAGAGGAACAUAUUAAUGAAAAGAGAAUAUUAGCUUUUAUUGAUUUUUUGUUGUUUAAACUGCAUUGAUAAAUCAAUAACAAAUAUAGUACAGCGGUAUGUAUAAUAUGUCACAUUAUUAUUUUUUAUGAUCCAGAAUAAUUGUACAUAUAUUGUUCAGUAAAUAAUUGUAAUUUGUUUUAACCAGGCUCAAUACAGUACA